AUGGCCGGACACGGUGGCCGCGACAGUGGGCCCAGGCACCACAAGGACUGUGGGCACGGCGCGGGAUGGGCAGCAUUGGGGGCUGUUGUCCACGGGGGCGCUGUGACCCGACGGCCCCCACGGCCCCCAACAGCACCGUGCGGCUACCACUGCGUUUCUGUUGCGUCUGGAGGGACCAGGGGAGCCCCCACGGUGGUGCUGCUCUGCUUUGAGGGGGAGCGACAGGGCGGAGUGCGGGCAGAUGUUCGGAGCCCCUGGCUGCUGCUAGACUGCAAGGCUCCAGGGAGACCCGGGGAGCUGGGCCUGGAGGGGGCAGGGGCCCUGGGCGCAGGCGGGACACAGGCAGCUGGGUCCCUGCGCCACACCUGUCAGGUGUCAGCACAGCUUCUCGUCCCCUCUCGUGCCCGCAUUGGCAGCAGAUGGGAGCAGGGCCUGGCCCCUGCUGCUGUGCUGAGGCGGAUGGUGGCCAAGCGCCUCCACCGUGGUGGGCAGCUGGGCGGGGCCGGGGCAGCCCAUCCGGAGAGGAAUGUGGGACCCAGAGGCUACCCAGCGGCCGCUCUGCCCAUCAGUGGCACGCUCGUGGCCAGGCCCUCUUCCCGCUGCGGGGGUUACCUGGUGGCUUGGCCAGGCUUGGAAAGCGACCGUGGAGGAGCUAGGCCAGCCCUGAGCCCCGCAGGCCAGACCGGGGUCUCCUGGGCCAAGUCCCAGCUGGGGGGCUCUCCGGCCACCUGCCAGUUGGAGGAAGAAGCUUUAGCAGUGGUACAAGAUGUCCUGGGACCUGGGAAGGGGAGGAGCCUGGCUCACUCGGGGGACAGGAGACUCCGUACAGGGAUGAGGCUGCAGGUGGCAGGGGACUCAGAAGCUGCCAUCGGCCUGCAGGCCAUCAGCCUCGGACCCCCCAAAGGAGAAGAGUCGAAGCAUGCCCUUCCCGACUCAGCGGUGCGCCCCCGUUGCCCUGACCCUGGCCUGGGCCGGAGGGCAGCCGCGGUCCCAGUGGAGGGCUUUGUCCCAGACAGACCCACCCCACCCCAGAGGGACUGUGGGCCCGCACCAGCCAUGCUGGCCACUGAGUCCUUGCACGAAGGCAGAGCAGAGGCCAGGGUCACCUCGUCUCUGAGCACCUGCUCCGUCCUUCACAUUGGGCCCCUCGUCCCCCGUCCCCUGGAGGACCACCUGCAACACCCUCUGUUUGGCCGCAACGUGCCUCUGUCCAGCGGCUCCGGCUUCAUCAUGUCCGAGGCCGGCCUGAUUGUCACCAACGCCCACGUGGCGUCCAGCAGCAACACUGUCUCCGGCCGACAGCAGCUCAAGGUUCAGCUGCAGAGCGGGGACACCUACGAGGCCACCAUCAAGGACAUCGACAAGAAGUCGGACAUCGCCACCAUCAAGAUCCAGCCCAAGGGAAAGCUGCCCGUCCUGCAGCUGGGCCACUCGGCCGACCUGCGGCCGGGGGAGUUCGUGGUGGCCAUUGGCAGCCCCUUCGCCCUGCAGAACACGGUCACCACCGGCAUUGUCAGCACGGCCCAGCGCGACGGCAGGGAGCUGGGCCUGCGGGACUCAGACAUGGACUACAUCCAGACAGACGCCAUCAUCAACGGGCUGGGGGUGGAGGCGCCCGUCUGUGAGUUGUGCGGCUGGUGUCCCACCGUGGGCCGGGGUGAGGUCAGCGCUCACAGGGCCGCCGCGGGGAGGGACUGGAAGAAGCGCUUCAUCGGCAUCAGAAUGAGGACCAUCACGCCCAGCUUGGUGGAAGAGCUGAAGGCCGGCAACCCAGACUUCCCUGAGGUCAGCAGUGGGAUUUACGUCCAGGAGGUCGUCCCGAACUCACCUUCCCACAGAGGUGGCAUCCAAGAUGGCGACCUGAUUGUCAAGGUCAACGGGCGCCCCCUGGCGGACUCCAGCGAGCUGCAGGAGGCGGUGCUGACGGAGUCCCCGCUGCUCCUGGAAGUGCGCAGGGGCAAUGACGACCUGCUCUUCAGCAUCGCGCCCGAGGUGGUCCUGUGA